UCGGAUUUCGUUUCGUGAUGGCUUCAACGUGUGAAAUCGAAGCAGGUGAAAAUUCAGGCUCUCCCAAGAAAAGUGGAAAUGUUAUCAAACGAAAACAAAGACCACAAUGUGCAGCGAACAGUACAAACAAGGCGUUUCAAACCUAUGGCCCCCAGUGUCCGCAAGAAAUAGCGGCUGCCGUGGAUGGUGUUUUCCAAUCGGUGGGAUUAGAAUCAUACGUGAACACGUUUGCCAUUCGAUCAGAGGAACGUGCGCUAGAACGCAUGCAAAAUUGUCCAGAGUUUUUGCAAUGUGCAUCGUGGAGUGAGAUGCUCGAUUCGACAGGUUUUCGUGAAACGUGCAAUAAUGAAAUUCCGCUGGCACUGCAAACAAUUGCCUAUACGGAGAAGUUUCCGGAGCCGGAACAUUGCAAAGGCGUUGAUUUUCAAAUGCUGUACUUAAAUCUUGCCAGUAUGAUGAUGGGGCAGCCGGUACGCCGUAUGAACGUAGCCACCCAGAAACUACUAAAGCAGGUGUAUGAGGAAACACUUGCUGAAGCCUCGAAAGCUGAUAACAAGGAAGAAAUAGCACUUUUGCAAGAAAAAUUGAAAAGAAUGCGUAAACCGAUGCAGUCAAAGAGUGAAGCUGAAAUGAUGAACCAGACUCCGGAAUCGAUAGAUGCCGAAUGUUUUAGCGAUCCAAAUAUUAAUCCUUUUCAACUGCCUAUCGAAAAGUGCACUCGAGAGGCGUAAUAAUGGAGGAGGUACGGAAAUAAAUAGGAACCAAUGUAAUCACGCUUUGGUUGUUUAUUACUUGUAUCUUUGGGUCAGGGUUAUUACAAAUCUCGAUAUUGUGAUAGUUAACAUUUCUCUCGUACAUCAGACUCAGUUCAUUUACACCAAGAUAGAGUUAAUAUUUGACUGGAAUACAGUUCCAUUAAUCGUUUCCAUCGAUGCUGUGUGCCGCUCGUGAACUAUUUUCUGCGAUUUUAAAAUUUUUCCUUCGAUCUGUUUGUAUUGUUUUCCUUUAAACGCACCGAAGCAUUGUGCGUGAGUGAGUUUAAACUAUAUGUAAAAAAAACCAAGCUUAUACGAUUUAAUGUGUGUCUUUGGUAUCGUUCAUGUUGUAGGAAAAAUGCUAAAUAACCUAUUAUUUCACGAGAAAAUGCAUAUUUCUUUUGAUGUAUCCGCUAGUGUUACUUUCAAUGAGGAUAAGUUUUCUUCUGUAGCUGUUUUGUUCAAUAAGAAUGAAUUGUUUUGCCGAUAAACUUCACAUGUUAGCAGACUCGGGUGUAUAUUAUUUAUAAAAAUAGCAAUCAUAAGUUUACUCAUGCUGAAUGCUUCGUGUUAAGAAAUCAUUCAU